AUGGUCAACCUUGAGAUCCCCGACAACUAUACGUUCUCCCCUGCUCCCGGGAGCCUCCAGUUGACAAUCAACCACGAUAUCGCCGCCGAUCUCGACUCGACCAAUGCCUUCGAGGGUCCCGAGAAGCUCCUCGAGGUCUGGUUCGCCCCGAGCCCGACCGCGCUCCCCCCAACCGCCAGGGACAAUGGGUUAAAGGGUGUGAGCCCGUCGACUUGGGAGGGCAUGCUUGACAUGGUCAACUGCAAGGUCCUCUCGAUCGUCAAGUCGGACCACGUUGACGCGUACCUCCUCUCCGAGUCCAGCAUGUUCGUCUUCCCGCACAAACUCAUUCUUAAGACGUGCGGCACGACCACGUUGCUACUGGGCCUGCGUCGCCUUUUGCGUAUCGCUGCUGUGGAUGCUGGUUUCCCUUUCCACAACGCGGCUUCGACUGAGGACAUCAAUGUCGCUGCCACCCCGCACCGCGUCUUUUACAGCCGCAAGAACUUCCUCUUCCCCGACCGCCAGCAGGGUCCCCACACGAGCUGGAAGGAAGAGGUCAAGUUCCUGGACGAUACGUUCGAGAACGGCAGCGCCUACAUGGUUGGAAGGAUGAACGCCGAUCAUUGGUAUCUGUACAUGACGACCCCCACCAGUUCCGCCUUGACACCGCCUUUGACCCCACGCUCGAGCAACACCAGCAGCCCGACUCGCACCCGCAAGAUCCCGACCGGCAUUGUGCCGCAUGUGUCCGGAGCUGGUGAUGCCCCCGCCGAUGAGACCCUAGAGGUCCUGAUGAUGGAUCUUGAUCCUGAGCUUGCGAAGCAGUUCUACCUGGAGCAGGCGAGUGCGGUCGCUAGCAAGCAGGUGCCUGCCCAGGCUCAGGAGGCCCGUCGUGCCGCCCUCGGUAGCCUGGGAGACAUCGAUUCGACUGUCGAUGUUUUCGAGAAUUGCGGAGAGUCUGACCUCGCGGGAGGUCAGGGCGCCGAGAUCGAUGUGACUGCCGGCGAGGCCAUGACCACCGAGGGCCAUGCUCUUGGCACCGUCGUUUCCGACACUUGCGGCCUUGCUCAGGUGUAUCCUACCUCGCACUACCCGGAUGCGCGCAUCGAUGCCUACCUGUUUUCGCCCUGCGGCUAUUCGGCCAACGGCGUCGUUCCUGCUCCCGACGCCGGCGCAGAGGCGAACGACAACAAGCCUGCGCAUUACUGGACGGUCCAUGUGACGCCGGAGCCGAUUUGCUCGUAUGCGUCAUUCGAGACCAACGUCCCGAGCGGCCAGAACGGACGCCGAACCUCGGACACCAUCCAGCAUGUUGUGGAUAUUUUCAAGCCCGGCCGCUUCACCGUGACCUUUUUUGAAACGAAGAAUAAGACGGCGGAUGAUGAGGCUGUCCCUCAACCGGCUGCCAGGGCCGGUGUUGACAAGCGAAUGGACGGCAUCAAGGGAUACCGCCGCAUGGAUCGCAUCAUCCACGAGUUUGACGACUAUCAUCUCGUUUUUCGCUAUUUUGAACGUGAGGGAUGGGCCGGUGAUAAGAGCGCCAGGGUGGGCGAGGACUAUUAG